AGGACAUCAGCCCAUAGUAAGAAGAGAGGGGCACCUUUCCUGGAGGUGCAAAUCUUGCCUAUGGGGGAGAAGAGAAAAGUGAGGAGCACCAAAGCAAGGCCCCUAACCAAGUCUGAAAUUGUGAACCUUGCCUCCAUGGCAGGGAAGGAGUCACAGGGCAAUGGCUCACCAAAGCAGACCAGAGCAUACAGAAGAGCCCUCAAGGUGGCUCUCGAUAUCCUGGGGGAGGGAGGCUGUUUGCAAGGUGCAAGGAAAGGUGGACGAAGAACCAGCACAAGAACAGCUCCUCGGAAGGUGCCAAAAGAGCAGGCCAGCUCCAAACCACGUCCUCGCUUUCAGCUGCGUGUGCGCCUGUGCUUCCAAAAGCAAAACCAGAAAGGCCAAGAGCUCUCCCAGAGGAGUCCUGGAAAGCAGGGCCACCGCCAGGGUCCUGUGUUGCCAGUGGGCUCACAAAAAGUGCCCACAGUGAAAGGUGGAAAAGCCCAGGCACAUACUGCUCUUGGGCCUCCACACUUUGAGAUGAAACGGACUAUCCUAAGAGGCCUCAGAAUACGAUUACGUCUCCCAACGCCUGAAGGAAAUUCUGGUGGUAAUGCAUGGAUGAAAAAGCUGAACACAUCCAAGCCCAAGUCUUUGACUGCCCCGGCCUCCACGCAGAGUGUCCAGGCUAAGAAAGAGCAGCAGGUUGCCUCUGGGUCACUGAAGUGCAUCUGGUCCUCGCCCAAAGCCCUCAGGCAACAAGCACGUUUUGCUGGCAUACACACCCAGGCUAAUGGAGCCCAAAAGAAGACUGCCAUCCCUGAGAAGAAGGAGGACCAUGGCCCGAGCACCCUGAAACCAGCUGCAAUCUGGGCAUCGGCAGCUUGCAUGCCUCCAGUCCCGAGGCUGCGAAGAUCCUUCCACAUUGCUAGCAGGAAAAGGAAGAUCCAUGUGCUGAAUCCACAUUGUAGGGUGCCAGAACAGGAAUCUUGUGCUGACUCAAAGGUGACCAAGACCAGGUUCAAGAAGAGGGGGGCCAAUAUUCAAGAA